AUGUCAGGGUCAACAAAAUUUGAAUCUAUUCCACAAAUAGCAAUGUCUUUAAAGAAGUCCUAUGUAUUGCCUCCAUCACCACCUGCAACAAUUGCUCUAGCAGCCACCCACCCAAAACCACCGCUACCGCCACCUCCAAACACACUACCAGCUCCUCCUCCUCCACCACCACUACCAGCAUUGCCUGUGUUACCAGCAAUGUCAAUUCCUCUUCCCCCUCCACCACCACCUCUUCCCCCUCCACCACCACCACCCCCUCCAACAAUCCCAUCAACUGUGGCUCCUAUAUCUGCAUCUGUAUACACAGGACGUCUUUCACCAUCUCCAAAAAGGACAACUAUAGAUUUUCCAAUAAAUAGACCAUUUUUGCCAGCAAUGUUUGACGUUACUAGGCCUCCACCACCAUUACCAACAACUAGAAUUGGUGCUGGGAAGCAUAAAUCGCCAUAUUUAUGUGAUGGAUUGAUUUGUACAGGCAGAAAUUGGAUUACA